AUGAUGGGUGCUCGAGCUCGACCGCCGCCAUCGAGGCCGGCCAGCACGCCGCCGACGCCGCCUACGAGGAUAGGCGCCCACGACAGCGCACCAGCCAAACCGACCAGAAAGACAGCAAAAAAGACGAUACUCACCUCACAAGAAGCUUGGAUGGAAGCCGAGAAGCUCGUACCGGACCUGGGAGCCGCGAUGGAGUUCUUACUGGGCCAUGACCUGAUCCCGGGAGGCGACAACGCCUUUUCAAGCGAAUCGCUGAUCUCGGGCAUGCUGCAUCUCGCCUUCUCGACGCCUGGAGAUCUCGCCAAGCGGGGCAUCCUCGCUUUCGCACACCUCACUAAGGGGGUCCUCGCCCACGACGCCCAAUCCGCGGUCAGCGAUGCUGUCGUCGAGCGCGCGGAGGGCCAGCUGCGCCUCCGGCUCGACCACCACACUUCCCACGUUGAAGAUCGGCUCGACGAGUUUACGGAGAUGAUCGGGAGGAUGAAGAUAGAGAUGGAAGGGGGGUCGGCCUGCCUUCGGGCGGCUUGCGAACGGGUGAAGGAGGCCGAGAGUGCACUUGUUGCGGCCCGCGAGGGGAUACAGGAGACCGCACAGCUGGGUGCGCGCCCUGGUGAGCCUGUACCCGCCGUCUCCACGCUAACUAUCGAGACAGCGCCGGUGCGUGUGCGCCGCGCGGCCACACUCGCCGACCUGCUGCAGCGCCAGGUUCUUGUCCGGGGGGCGACGCUCAGUUUGGAGAGCGGUGAGCCCCUCGGGGAGGGCAUGCUGAAAGACUGCGCUCGGGAGGUGCUGGACGAGAUGGACAGGGCGGGGCUCACAGCGCCCGGGGGGAGCACGGUGGAAGCAGCCAAAAUUCUGCCCCACGGGGACACGGUGUUCACGAUGUCAAGUAUCGAAGCAGCCCGAUGGCUCCUCAAGCCCACGGUAGCCAAGCCUUUCGCACGCAAGAUGGGUAUGGCGGCGCAAGUGGUCGAGUGA